UUUCUCAGAACCGCGGCAGGUGCGUAGCCAACAAAAGCUAACAUUGCCAUUGUUUUAUACUGUUCUUCCAAACGAAUUGUUUCUUACACAUACAUUAGUUUAAACGUACAAACGGAUUUUGGGAGUUGGUGACGUCGGUUAGCGUACUUAUUGGGGUGGGGUGGAACGAAUGGACCGCCAUUGUACCUCAGCAGGAAGGGGACUGUGACGUCACGGCCCCUUGUGUUGUGACUCGGUUUGUUUAAAAAAAAAAAAAAGAGUACGUUUUGGAGUGACUUCCCUACGACACUACGUGAAGCACCCGAAGCAACACGCCCUUAAACAAGAAGGCAUGCAAAUAAGAUAAGAUAACACAGCAGUGUGUGUGUGCAUGCGUGUGUUUGUAAACAUCAUCAAUGCCGCGCCUCUGCCAUUGCUAUACCACUGUUGGACACGUCUUCCUACGAUUGGAGCCCACGCCGUGCGUAGAUCACCAUCGCCGGGGGGCGACGACAAUCAAAGUGAUCCCGGUCCAAGUCGCCCCCCCUGCCCCCCACCACCCCACACGCACACACUCAUGUGCGCUCUGGAGAUGGAGAUGACCAAGCGCGCCAUGCACGUCAACUCCAAGGUGAAUUGUGGGACCGACAGGAACGGCGGGGACACCGCAGAAGUGUCCGUGCCGGUGUCGCUUCCAGGGAAAAGGACGGCUCUUAUGGAGGGAGACGACCUGUACCGACUGCGGGACAGAAAGUUCUUGUUGGAGGACAAGAAGCGGCUGUGCGCGCUGGCUUUGGGUGCAGCUCUGCUCGGAAUACUGCUUAUGAUCAUCCAUACUGAGAUGUGCCCCUUCUUCUACGAAGCGGGCUCAAACGUCGCCUUAUUCAUCAACUGUUCCAUCAGUCUGUCUACUGGGUGUCUCCUCAUUUUAAUCAUAGCCUUCCAUUAUAAGGACAUCAGGCUUUUCAUUAUCGACCACAAUCAGGUGGACUGGCGCAUUGCCAUGACCAGCCACAGGGUUUUUGUCAUCACGUUUGAGCUACUGGUCUGUGCUAUCCAUCCCGUCGGCAUCUACUGGGAGGCGGGCCUUCACGGCAACUCCUCUUCCUCACCUCCGCUGUGUGAUUCCGACGAUCACAGUAAGACUUUGGCGAAUUUGGAGCUGCUGCUGUCGGUGCUGAUGUUCCUGCGCUUGUACCUGGUGCACAGAGCGGUCCUGCUGCACAGCAAGGUGCUGCUGAGCGCCUCCUACAGGAGCAUCGGCUCGCUCAACAAUAUCAACUUCACCUUCCGCUUCGUACUCAAGGUCCUGAUGAACAAAUACCCUGCACGCACGCUGCUCGUCUUCAUCCUCUUCUUCUGGCUCACGGCAUCUUGGAUGCUGACUCUAUGUGAGAGGCAGACACAAGGGUCGACCGAUCACAUGGAAACCGCUUUGUGGCUUAUUGCCAUCACCUUCCUCACGGUGGGCUACGGCGACGUGGCACCCCACACUCGCUGUGGCAAGUCGGUGUGUCUCUUCACCGGAGUCAUGGGUGUAGCCUGCACCGCAAUGCUUGUCGCCGUGGUAACCAAGAAGCUUGCAUUGAAUAAAGGAGAGAAGCACGUGCACUUUUUUAUGAUGGACAUCCAGAUCUCCAAAGGGAUCCGCCAUGCUGCUGCCAACGUGCUACGUGAGUGCUGGCUGCUGCACAGAGCCAACCUGACAAAAGGAACCCGAGGAGAACAUCGGAGACACCAGAGAUGUCUUCUGGAGGCCAUCAGAGUGUUUCGUCACCUGCGCCUCAAACAGAGAAAACUGCGGGAUUAUGUCAGUGAGAUGGUGGACCUGCCAAAGAUGCAGAUGAUCAUGUGCGACCUCAGCGCCAAUUGGAAUAAUUCCUAUCGGGAGCUGGAGCAGCGUAUCCUCUCCAUGGAGCAGAAGCUUGAAGAGCUGAGUCGCUGCUUCCAGCAAACCUCAGAGCUGCUGUCCCAGGUCUUACGUCACCGCAACCCAGAGAUCAGGUGACACGACCGCAAUCUUCAGAGGAACGGCGGUGGUUUCAUCCAUCAAUAUCUAGAGGCGGUGAGCUGCUUUUACGUGCUUCAACGAUUUGGAGAGCUCAUUUUCAGGGCUAAUCUGCACCAAUCCUGACUGCGCAAUCAGACUUUGAGAUUAUUGACCAACUCCGAGAGCUUUUUAAUAUACACCGGCCCGCUAUUAUUGAAACACUCCUCAAUCAGUGCCUUAUUCCUGGGGAAUAAGAUGCUGUAUUUGUUGCAUGUAAUUAGCUCUGCAGUAGUCAAAAUAUGAAAUACUUAUUCGCGCAAACUCACAAAGGAGGAGAAAAAUCCAUAUUGUAUUAUAGGAAG